AUGUUUAUGUGGUUUAUCCUGUUGUUUAUUAUUUCCUAUGCGAAUUCAAUUGAGUUCAAUCCAAAUGAAAUCAAAGCAAAAGAUAAAAAUGCAAUAUUUGUUAUCUAUCCGUCUUUAUAUUUAUGCAAUAAUGGUUCAUUUUCAUUUGAAUUUCGUACAAAAACAAGAAAUGGUCUAAUUUUUUAUACGUACGAUAAUUAUAAUCUCGAUUCCAUUCUUGUUUCAAUUUAUCAAGGAAAAUUAAUCGUGGAACAAAAUUUUAGUAAAAAUAAAUCCUACCAAAAAUUUGAUCAAUCAAUAAAUGAUAAUAAAUGGUAUAAAAUUGUAUUCAAACGACGUUCAUCAUUGAUUACAGAAAUUGUUCUCUAUUCAGUUGCCUUACGAAAUGUUGAAAAUCGUAUAAUAAAAACCAAAGUUCUCAAUUAUACACCAUUUACAUCAUUGAGUACAAGUUCAUCUGUUUAUAUCGGCGGUUUACCAUUCAAUAUAUACAAAAAGGAGCGUUAUUCAAGCGAAUUUUUAUUUCAAUCCUAUCAUGGAUACGUACGUAAUCUUCGUUAUGGUAUUUGUGGAUGCCCGGAACGUAUCCAGCAUCCAAUUUAUUCAUCGCUAUUCAAUAAUUAUCAAUCUGAAGUGUGUGAACAACAAGCGUCAUUAUGUUCAAGUUCAUCGUGCGAAUGUUUAAAUGUCGAUGAAGAACCAAGAUAUCAAUGUGAUUGUAGCAAUAAAACUUGUAGCAUUUUAACUAUGAUGAACAACAAUUUAAUUAAAUAUGAAAUUGAUUUUACAUCAGUUGAAUAUAAAUCCAAAAGUGCUGAAUUAUCAUUUACUUUUGGUGCAAAUCCAAAUAAUUAUAAUGUUGUUAAAAAACAUAUGCAAACAAAUUUUAAUGAGAAUAAUCUUAUUACUUUCUCUCCUAUUCAUAAUCAGCAGGAAAAUUGUAUGUGGGAUUUAGGUAGAUGCUCGACAGAAUUAACUUUUACAUUUAUUUUUUCAAUUGAUCAUAUGAAUAGUUCAUCAUCUUUUUUCUCACAAUAUUUUAAAAAUGAUGCAUCACUUCAUAUUAAUUUAAUUGUUUUAAAUUCAUCAUCAUCAAUUUUACAUUUUGAUCUUUGGCUACCAUUUAAUCGCGGACUUCUACGUACACAAAUUACUGAAUUAUCUUAUCAAACACCGUUGCUCGUCAAUCUUAUUUAUCGUUCGCCAUCAUCCUUAUCUGUUUUUCUUUUUGGCCAACUUGUCGAUUACACAACAAAAUCAAUUUUUAUUCAGUCGAACAAACCAUCGCCGUCAUCUUCGUUAUCUUUUAAUACAUACGUUCAAUUUCGCUCAAUAUCGUGGUCUUAUCAAAAGCAACCAUUUGAAUGUUGUGCAUUUAUGCACAAUGAUGAGCGUUUAAAAAGAGACAUUAAUGAUCUCGAUAUGUGCCAAUGCGGUGCUCUUACCGAAGCAUCAUUAGGCAGCAAUCGUUUGAUACCUAAAACGAUUAGUGAAUAUCCAUCACCCGCCAAUGUUCGAACCAAAUAUACGACCGACGAAGAAGAUUACACACUAUCAGAAUCAAUAUCUUUUUCACUUCUCACUAAUCAACAAAUAUCUCAAGCAACAACAAUUCUCGCUGGAUUUGCCUAUGAUAAUAUCUAUUAUGUAUUUGAUAUUGAAGAUGGUAAACCAAAAAUAAUUUUCUCACAAGACGAUCUUCCAGAUGUAAUUCUAACAAGUAAACCUACUGAUCAAAUAAUGAUCAACGAUGGCAAAUGGCACCGAUUGAAUAUUCAACGAUUGGACAGAAAGCUACGAUUCGAUCUUGAUAAUGUUGAACAAUCCGAUGUACAAUUGCCUGAUGGAUGGCAAUCAAAGGCAAAUAUAUUUAUUGGAGCAGAAUUAACACCCGUCCCUAAUGGGGAUUUUAAUGGAAAAAUUGGCGAUAUUAUAGUCGGGAACACAGGACAAGCAAUAAAUCUUCGCGAAGAAGAUUUAACAGAUGAGAAUGAUGAAAAUGUAAAAGACUCAACAACGCCUACAAUUUCAUCACAAUCAUUAUUAAAUGAUAAAGUAUUUGUUGUCGUUGACAUGAAAUCGUCUGAUUCGAGUCAAACCAUUGGUUUUCUUCCUAAUGAUAACAACGAAAUAGUUAUUCCAUCGCCGAUCAAUGCACAAUUUAAUACAUUAGUUUUUUCAUUUCGCACACGUUCGAAUGUUAGUACACUUAUGCAAUUCGAUCAAAUUAGUUUGAAUAUCGACGUUGACGGUUAUUUAGCAUUAGUUAUACGUGAUAAAUUAGCGCAACGAAUUCUAUUAAAUGAUGAACAAAAACCUAUUAAUGACGGAAAUCUAUAUACGGUUCAUUUACAACGUACGGAUAAUAAUCUUGAAGCCUGGAUUAUGAAAAGUAAAAUUUUUAAACCCAAUAAAAUUUCCGUUGAACUUUCAACAUCAAAAUUGAUCAUCGAAAAUUUUACAUUCGGCCCACGAAGUCUAUUUAUAGGCUGCUUACAAAAUAUAACAUUUAAUGAUCAAUUAUUAUCGUUUAAACAAUUAUCUCUAAAUCGACAACAAUGUCCAUCGAGUAGUAUUGUUUUAAAAACGGCCGAAAUUCUAUCAUAUAACGAUAUUUAUAUUGAUCAAAUUAUUUCUUUUAAAGAAUACGAUCGUCCAUUGAUUAUUACUCUUGAUAAUCCUGAAGAAUUUCGUAUAUUUUCUUUUUCGUUUUAUACUCAAGAUAUGAAUAGUAUUAUUUGUUCAUUAGCCGAUAAAACUUAUGAGCAUUUUCUAACAUUAAGUAUUUACAAUGAACGUUUAUUAUUGACCUAUGAUGACAAACAACGGAAACGAAUGAAGAUUUUUAUGAAUAAUUCAAUACUAAUCAAUGAUGGACGUGAACAUAAAUUAAUUUUAAAAUUAAUUAAUAAAGACGAUUUGAUAUUCGACAUUGACGGAACUGUGGUGACGAAGAAAUUUAGUAAUAAUUUUCGUAUUAAUAAAAUUUAUAUUGGACAAUUAGAUGGUUUUAUUAAAGAAAAACUUCCCGACUUAGAUGGAGAUAACUUUAUUGGAUGUAUUAAAGAUAUUAUGUUAAAUGAAAAAUCUACUGUGAAAUUAGAGCAUAUUCAUCAUCUAGCAAGAUUAACUAAUAUCUGUCAAUUAAUAAAACGUGGACGCAAAAAUGUAAUAUCGUAUGUAGCACCUGAAGUGAGCUUUUCAAUGCGUGAUCGUCGUGAUGUAAUCGAACUUCAAGUUCAACCGAACGAUGAGUUUCGCUAUUGCCAAAUGCCAAUAAAAACUCUGUCGCCUAAUGGUGUUAUUACAUCUAUGUAUUCAAACGAUGAUCAACGUGGCUUAGUUCUAUGUUUAAAAGAUGGCAAAUUACAAUUGAAAUAUUAUUCACCAAAUAAUAAAACAUCGCACAUUCUCUACAAUGACAAUCAAACAAUUAAUGAUGGACGGCAACAUCACAUUUUAGUUACACGACAAAUUCCUGAUGCCUAUUCACAACAGAAUAUGCAUGUACAAAUAGAUAAACGUGCAACACAAGUUCAGAUACCCGAACAAUCGCCGAUGUUUUUUGAUGUUGUUACGAUUGGCGGUUCGUAUCGGCUAAUGCCAGAAACAUCGAGUCAACCGUUUGUUGGUUGUUACGCUAAUGUUACCUAUAACCGUCACCCAUUACUGCCCGACGGCGCUCUUAAAGCUGAUCGUUAUGAUUGCUUCUAUCAACAGGGCGCCAUGUGUGAUCGACAAAUACCUUGUCAACAACAAAAUAAUCGUCCAUUACCAUUUUGUGGUCAAACCGAUUGUUCAAUGGUCUGCGCUCCGACAUCUGUUGACAUGGGUAACACAGGUUUAGUUCGUUAUUUUUCUCAAAUUGGACCUGGUCAAAACGAACAAAUUGAAAUCACUAUUUUUACGACGUCAUCUAAUUCAACUUUAUACGUAGCACGUGAUGGACCUACUCAAGUUUCAAUUGUACUUCAGAAUUAUUAUCCACGUUUGAUUAUUCAAAACGGUCCUUCUAUUUACACAUACGAUUUUCCUAGCCGUGUACGAGGUGAUCAAUGGCAUACUUUGCAUUGUCAAAAAACAUCAAAUACGCUUGAUCUGACAUUUGAUUAUGAAACUCGACGUUACACUAAUCUGACAGGGUAUUUCAGUUUAUUUGGUGAUAGAAAAAUAAAUAUAUGCGGAACUAAUUUUUAUGGUUAUGUACAAGAUGUGAUUCUUGUUGCGGAUAAUCGCCGUGAAAACUUAAUACAAAGCUGUAUUCGCAAUCCGUCCUUAGUCGACUAUGAUCCAAGCAUUAGCUGGAACAAUCGCGCAGCUAUACCCGAACGUAAGUUAUGA